AUGAGAAAAAAGAUUGAUAAAGAGCUUGAGGGAGAUUCCGAAGGCAGGCAAAGAUUGCCUUGGUACUAUGCCCCUUCCUUUUUGCUCCUCUGGCUGGCCCUCUUCUUCGCCAUCGUGAUCCCACUGUACAACAGACUUCCAGAAAGGGUAACCAUCGCAGAGGAACCCUCUAAGCGAGGAGAGUUCGUGGCGGGAAGGGCGGAACAACAGCUGCAUGCCUUUGAGCGAAUUGGACCCAAAGUUGUGGGCAGUCGAGCGAAUGAGGUGGAAACGGUUGAGUUCCUCUUAGACGAAGUGGAAAAGAUUAAAAUGGAGUUGCGCAGCGAUCUUUAUGAACUGGAGGUUGACGUCCAGUUGGCCUCUGGUGGAUUUUUGAUCGCCGGUAUGUGGGACAUGUACCAAGGCAUCCAGAACGUCAUCGUCAAACUGAGUACGAAGCAGUCGCAAAGUGAGUCCUACCUGCUGAUCAACAGUCAUUUCGACUCAAAGCCAGGGAGUCCAGGGUCUGGCGAUGAUGGCACCAUGGUUGUGGUGAUGUUGGAGGUCCUACGACAAAUGGCCACAUCCGAAACACCAUUUGAACACGGAAUUAUCUUUCUGUUCAACGGCGCCGAAGAAAACGCCUUACAGGGCUCCCACGGCUUUAUUACCCAACACAAGUGGGCCCCCAACUGCCGAGCCCUUAUAAACCUUGAGUCGGGCGGCAGCGGCGGGCGGGAUCUCUUAUUCCAGAGUGGACCCAAUACUCCUUGGCUGAUGAAGUACUACAAACAGUUCGCGAAACAUCCUUUUGCAACUACACUAGCUGAGGAGACCUGGCAGGCUGGAAUUAUACCAUCUGACACGGAUUUCCGUAUCUUUCGGGACUUCGGAAACGUGCCAGGCUUGGACAUCGCGCAGGCCAAUAAUGGCACUGCCUUCGACACCUUUAAAGUAAUUCCAGGACGCUCCAUACAGAACACUGGAAACAAUAUUCUUGCACUUGCGAGGGCAUUCGCGAAUGCCAGUGAAUUAAGCGAGUCAGAGAACACUGAUGAUAGCCAUGCCGUCUUCUUUGACUUUCUCGGACUGUUCUUUGUGUACUACACGGAGUCCACUGGUAUUAUCCUGAACUCCGUGAUUGGCGUCCUAAGUCUGCUAUUGGUGGGUUGCUCCCUCUGGAGAAUGUCCCGCCAGUCGGAGAAGAUGUCGCUUGUCCAGAUUUCGAUCCGGUUUCUUAUUACCUUGGGACUGCACUUGGUGGGCUUACUGUUGUGCAUUUGCCUUCCUCUUCUGAUGGCGGUUCUAUUCGAUGCUGGAGAUCGAUCUCUGACCUACUUCACUAGCAACUGGUUGGUUUUUGGCCUCUACAUGUGUCCCGCAGUCAUCGGCCUAAUACUGCCAUUGACCCUGUACUUCACCCUGCUGCCCAAUGAUAAACUGAGCCAUCCAUAUCUCAUCCAAAUGAGUUUGCACGCGAAGUUCGUGGUUUUGGCCUUGCUAAUUCUUAUUUUAACGGUUAUUGGUACCCGUUCCCAAUACUUGUCCCUCAUCUCAUUGAUCUUUUAUGGAGGUGCUGUGUUGAUAAAUCUGACAAGUACAUUGCAUGACCGCGGCUACUAUUGGUGCAUUACUGUGGUAUCUCUUCAGGUGAUUCCAUUUUGUUACUUUUCCUAUCUGUUUUACAUGUUGCUCGUGGUAUUUUUCCCGAUCACUGGAAGAAACGGAAUAAGUUCAAAUCCGGAUCUGAUUAUAGCGCUAUUGUGUGGCAUUUGCACGUACUUUACAAUGGGAUUUGUUGCUCAAUUCAUCAAUGUGUUCCGCUGGCCAAAGCUCAUUCUCCUUGGCUUGGGAGUGGUGUCCUUUAUUUUUUGCAUGAUUGCUGUUUCGGAAGUGGGAUUCCCCUAUCGGGCUAAGACCAAUGUCAUGCGAGUCAAUUUCAUGCAAACUAAACGCAUAUUCUACGACUACGACGGCGCGGUCACCCACAGUGAUUCUGGAUAUUACUUCAUAUACCAGGAUAGACGCGGUCUAACUCCGCUAAAAGACUCCAAUGUCAACCUGACUGGGCUAACUUCAAUGGAGCCUGAUUGCGAUAAGUACGUGAUGUGUGGGGCUCCGUGCUUUAACUUUUGUGGCGGACGAAGAAGGGCUGGGUGGCUGCCUCAAGCUGUGGACAUACCCGGGGAUAUAACCUUGCAGCUAUUGGACAAAUCGGUACUGCCGGACGGCAAAACUACGCGAUUUGAGUUUGAGCUCACUGGACCGCCCCAAAUGAACAUCUUCAUCCAGCCAGUGGGUGUUGCUAAGGUCACGGAUUGGUCCUUCGACCGAAAGUUAUUAGAGGACACAUACCAACCACCUUACGUCGUAUAUAUUUCAUUCGGGUUGGACGACAGUCCCCUGAAGUUCUUUAUAGAAAUGACGAAGUCCAAUGGUGAUUUUAGUGGCCCUAUCAUCGAACUAGGAGUUGUUGGACAUUUUAUCAGCUACGAAUUUGAAAGGGAUGCACGGGCUCGCGAAUUUUUGGCCGAGCUACCUAACUUUGUUCACGCAAUGGAAUGGCCCUCGCUUUUUAAGGGAUAUAUAUUUUAG